GCGCAGUGUAUAGGAUUGCGCGCAUGUGUAUAAAUCGAUUGAAAAACGGGAAAGCUUUUUGUUCUGGUACAAAUCAGAGAAUAGAAAGUUUACUUAUUGUGGAUAAAGUAAAAUAUAUAGUUAAGCUAAAUCAGGAGUUGUCCCUGCGGAGAUUAUUAUCGAUUUUUAGGAAGCUUGUAAACAACCCCCAGAAAAAGUAUCCCCUGAAGAAAUGGCUUAUCGCUUGAAGGCCACUAAAUGUCCCACGGACGAGCUGUCCCUGACCAAUCGGGCCAUAGUAAAUGUGGGCGAUUUUCCCGAGGAAGUUAAAUAUGCGGACAUAUCACCAGCUGCCGGGCAGCACUUCAUUUUCGCCCUGGAGAAAACGGUAGAGGUGCCCCGCGGCUAUGUGGGCUUCUCUUUGGUCCAGAGAAAGUGGGCCAUGGUGUCCAUCAACCAGGAGCUGGAGGUGCGUCCCUAUCGCUUCGAUGCCAACUCGGAUGUCAUCACCUGUGUCUCCUUCGAAACGGACUUUCUGCAGAAGAAAACUGUUUCCCAGGAGCCCUACGACUCCGAUCAAAUGGCCAAGGAGUUCAUCAUGCAGUUUGCCGGCAUGGCCCUCACCGUGGGCCAGUCCCUGGUCUUCAACUUCAAGGACAAGAAGCUGCUGGGCCUGGCCGUCAAAUCGCUGGAGGCCAUCGAUCCCAAGACCCUGGGCGAGGGUAAGGAGCCGGCCAUGCGGAAUGUGCGCUUCGGCCGCAUCCUGGGCAACACGGUGGUGCAGUUCGAGAAGGCCGAGAACAGCUCGCUGAAUCUGCAGGGCAAGAGCAAGGGCAAGGUGGUGCGCCAGUCCAUCAUAAACCCGGACUGGGACUUUGGCAAGAUGGGCAUCGGCGGCCUGGACAAGGAGUUCAACUCCAUAUUCCGCCGGGCCUUCGCCUCGCGUGUCUUUCCGCCGGAAUUGGUCGAACAGCUGGGCUGUAAGCACGUCAAGGGCAUCCUGCUCUAUGGUCCACCGGGCACGGGCAAAACCCUGAUGGCCCGCCAAAUUGGCACCAUGCUGAAUGCCCGCGAGCCGAAGAUCGUCAAUGGGCCGCAGAUCCUCGACAAGUAUGUGGGCGAAUCGGAGGCCAAUGUGCGACGCCUGUUUGCCGAGGCCGAGGAGGAGGAGAAGCGGCUGGGGCCCAACAGUGGACUCCACAUCAUCAUCUUCGACGAGAUCGAUGCCAUCUGCAAGCAACGAGGCUCCGUGGCGGGCAACAGUGGGGUCCACGACACCGUCGUCAAUCAGCUGCUGACCAAAAUCGAUGGCGUGGAUCAGCUGAACAACAUCCUGGUAAUCGGCAUGACCAAUCGGCGGGACAUGAUCGACGAGGCACUCCUCCGACCCGGUCGCCUGGAGGUCCAAAUGGAGAUCAGCCUGCCCAACGAGCAGGGACGCGUUCAGAUCCUGAAUAUCCACACCAAGCGAAUGCGGGACUUCAACAAGAUCAACGACGAUGUGGACAACAAGGAGAUUGCCUCGCUGACCAAAAACUUCAGCGGAGCCGAGCUGGAGGGAUUGGUGCGUGCCGCGCAGUCCAGUGCCAUGAAUCGGCUGAUCAAGGCCGAUGCCAAGGUCACGGUCGAUCCGGAGGCCAUGGAGAAGUUGAAGGUGAAUCGGGAUGACUUUAUGCACUCGCUGGAGAACGAUAUCAAGCCGGCCUUUGGCACGGCCCAGGAAAUUCUCGACAACAUGCUGUCGCGCGGUGUGGUCAACUGGGGCACUCCGGUGAGCAAUCUGCUCGAGGAUGGCAUGCUGCUGGUGCAGCAGGCCAAGGCCCCGGAGUCGAGUGGCCUGGUGUCCGUGCUCGUGGCCGGUGCCCCCAACUCCGGCAAGACCGCUCUGGCCGCCCAGCUGGCCAAGAUGUCCGACUUCCCGUUCGUGAAGGUUUGCUCGCCCGAGGACAUGGUCGGUUACACCGAGUCGGCCAAGUGCCUGCACAUCCGCAAGAUCUUCGACGACGCCUACCGUUCCACGCUCAGCUGCAUCGUGGUGGACAAUGUGGAGCGUCUGCUGGACUACGGAUCGAUUGGACCGCGCUACUCCAACAUGACACUGCAGGCGCUGCUGGUGCUGCUCAAGAAACAGCCGCCCAAGGGCCGCAAGCUGCUCAUCCUGUGCACCUCGAGUAGGCGGGAGGUUCUCGAGGAGAUGGAGAUGCUGACGGCCUUCACCUCGGUGCUCCAUGUGCCCAAUCUCUCACAGCCGGAUCAUGUUUUGGCCGUGCUCGAGCACACUGACAUCUUCACCAAGGGCGAAAUCCAGGCGAUUGGCAAGAAGAUGUCCGGCAAACGCGUGUUUAUUGGCAUCAAGAAACUUUUGGACCUAAUCGACAUGGCUCGACAAACCGAGCCGUCGCAGCGGGCCAUCAAGUUCCUGUCCAAGAUGGAGGAGGAGGGCGGCCUGGACAUGGUGGCGCGACAGUGAGGCAUCUGAAGAUGGAUGUGUGUUUGAUGGAAUGCUGUCUCAAUUAUUAGCUUCUAAGUGCAAAUGGACGGGCAAAAGUGGAAUCCCCAUCCAUCAGAUCAGAAGCAUUGACUCCAUGUACACAUAUAAACUGCAAAACUUAUACUAUAUAGACAGACAUAUAUAUAUAUAUAUAUAUAUAUAUAUAUAUACGAUCCAGGCUUCGCGUUGUUUGUUCGAUCCCGAACCCAGACUAAAAUCCACAUCCACAUCCCGGAGGAGUUUCCUGUGUUUCUGAGUUCCCCCACAGAGCACAAUCAAAUCAGACAGAUAUGUGAGACCCGUGACCUGAAGAUGUUGGCAUAUAAAGCAUAAUACGGCAGAGUGGACAGAUACUCAAUUACAUUUAUAAAUAACAUGCGUAGCUGCUAAACUCGUUAUUAGCAUGAUAAUCUUUCUCGUUACCUUUUAAUUUUAGGAAUUGCUUCAGUACAUUCCCAGAUCGGAAGAAAACACCAAAGUUUUGCCUCUGGCAUUGUGAAAGUUGUUUAUCGGUAAUUUAACGACCUAACUAAUUAAUUAAAUAUUUAUUAAAUCAAAUAUUGUUAACCGCCAAUGUUAUACAUAUAUCUUAAAUAAAGAAAACGAUCUCAAAUUC